AUGGCGCCGUUUCCCCGAGUGGGAGCUCUAGGCAUAGUUCGCCAGUGGUUUUCCCACGUGAGGCGUGGAUCAGGCGGCUACUUCGAAUGGAACCCGCGCCGAGCGCUUGCUGGCCGGAGUAACGUUCACCGAGACUCGGAGGGCAAUAGCGAGUUUACAACAUUUGACUUCAGUGAGGAUAACUACAAAAAGAUUGCUGAAAUCCUCAAACGAUAUCCGGUGAACUACAAACAAUCCGCUGUGAUUCCGGUGCUCGAUCUCGCACAGCGCGAGUGCGGUGGCUGGCUGCCGCUGGCUGCCAUGAACAAGGUUGCCCAGGUGCUGGGAAUGCAGCCGAUGCGCGUCUACGAGAUAGCGACCUUCUACACGAUGUUCAACACUGUUCCGAUUGGCAAAUACAAUGUUCAGGUUUGUACAACGACGCCCUGCAUGCUCCGUGGGGCAUACGAUAUUCUUCGCGCCUGCGAGGAGGAGUCCGGCGCCCGUGCUGGUGGCGACUCUCCGGAUGGCCUGUUCCAUAUCAUGGAGGUCGAGUGCCUCGGUGCAUGCGCUAACGCUCCAAUGAUGCAGAUCAACGAUGACUACUACGAAGACCUGACGCCCCAGAGUGCAAAAGCCGUUCUCAAAAGCUUUCGCGACGGCAACCCGUUGAAGCCGGGGCCGCAAGUCGCGCGGAAGAGUAGCAUGGGUAUUCAGGGGAAAACGACGCUGCUCGAGGAGCCCCCGGGGCCCUCGUGCCGCGAUUUGUGA